ACCAGAUUUCGAGAUGCGCUAUAUAGGGACUGGAUUGGUAGCUGGCGAACCAAAUUUAGUAAAACAAAAAGACCACGUAAAUGCAUUACAAGAAGACAUAACAAUUAGAUAAUGACACGAAAGUGAAAAAUUCUUCGCGAAUUGUUUAUCUUUGCAUCCCGAUGUUUGAAAACCCUAACGUUACAAUGGGAUCUUUAAAACUGUGCCUCUAUGUUACGUCCAUCAGCUCACUUCUUGUGUCUUCGUCGAUCAGUGCUAAGGGAGAAAGCCGAAUCAACAGUAAACAAUGUGGUAUAUCCGAGCCUGUCGGAAAGAUUAUCAAUGGCAGUGUAAUAUCGAAACCUCAAGUUCCUUGGCUGGUUACUGUCAUUGUCUACAAAAAAGAUGGGUGGGAAGAAAUUUGUGGUGGUAGCAUCAUAACACGAAAUAUUAUUCUCACAGCCGCUCAUUGUAUUCCAGACCCAGAUACUUUUGAACUCCAUGUAGCCAGAAUUCAUGUGCACUACAACACCACAAGACUUCUACGAGGCCCAUUUAUUCAGGUUAAGUAUGGUGUUUUUCACAAACAACACCACUUCAAUGGAAGAUGGCAAUAUGACAUUGGACUAAUAAAACUUGAGAAACCGCUGCCAAAAUAUGAUAGGUUUGUUCGCCCAGUGUGCCUACCAAAGCAAGGCCAGAAGACCAGGCCGGGACCAAUGCUGUUCGCUGGAACUGGUCGUAUUGGCUACAAAAAGCCGCCAUCACAAGUUAUUCUGAGCUAUACGGCAAGAGUGCUGACAGACGAGGAUUGCCGAACCGCUAUGGCGAAAGAAUGGCGAGAAAUUCACCCGAAAAAUAUUCGCGUCAUAUGCGCCAGCAACCCUUGGAGCAUGGCAUAUGAUGGUGAUUCCGGAGGCCCUCUCACUGCUUACAUGAAGAACGGAAGGUCAGCUCAGUUUGGAAUCGCGUCAUACGUUCGGAAGAAUUCAAAUUAUGGACUUGCACCUGCAGUGUUCACAAGAGUAGCUCAUUAUACAAAAUGGAUUAAAAGGUCAUUAAAGAAAAUCAAACGAUGGAGAAAGAUAAGUCCAUAGGUCUGCAUUGCCUACGUAGAAAUAAAGGAGACGUGAAAUCA